ACUGGAGUGAGCUCAGCCGACAGCUAAGAAAGAGUAUGAGGCUAGCGUUUCGAAACGCUUUCUUUACCUUCUCCUCAUCUUAUUCCCGCUUCUUCUUAAACCCUAAUCGUAAAAUCCCAUUCCCUUCCAUUGCGAUCCGUUCGGUUCCCACAGCACUCGCCGGAACGUUUCGCCGCACUCUAUUGGCCACUUUCUGUUGCUCCGCAACUAUGGAGGGAGGUGAAUCACACGCUCCUUUGCUGGAGAAGCAGUUCGAGGGUUUUCGGGUUCAGCUUGAGGAGUCAGGUAGCUUGAGAGAGCGCAUUCGAGCUGUUGUAAUGGAUAUUGAGUCCACCACCAGACUCAUGCACGCCGGUCUUCUCCUUGUCCACCAGUCUCGACCCACUCCUGAGGUUUUGGAGAAGCCAAAAGCUCAGAUUGCUGUGUUGAAGGGGCUAUACAAUCGACUCGCUGAAAUUCUUAGUGAAUGCCCUUCUCAACAUUACAGGUAUCAUGGUGAUUGGAGGGGUGAGACACAGGCUGUGGCUUCGCUUCUUGCUUUUAUGCAUUGGUUAGAGACAGGAAAUCUUCUAUUGCAUGCUGAAGCUGAGGAAAUGCUGGGCUUAAACAAUUCAGAGUUUGGUCUAGAUAUUGAAGACUACCUUGUAGGCCUUUGUUUCAUGUCAAAUGAACUGCCAAGAUAUGUGGUGAACCAAGUGACAGCAGGGGACUAUGAUUGCCCAAGAAAGGUGUUGAAGUUCUUAACAGAACUCCAUGCAGCCUUCCGUAUGCUUAACCUUCGGAACGAUUUCUUGAGAAAAAAGUUUGAUGGGAUGAAAUACGACCUAAAAAGAGUUGAAGAAGUUCACUAUGAUGUUAAGAUCCGAGGCUUGACAGCCAGUGAUGAUUCGACUAGAGACUGAACAAAACCAAAACCAAGAACAACCACAGGAUGCCUAAGUUGUAUACUUUCUUCUCUGUUUAUCUUGAGUAGCUUUUCUUUUGUUAAAGUAAUUUAGGGUCUGAUUGGUUCGCGAUUAAAAAACUGUAUUUUUGAAAAGUGGGAUUCUGAAAUGAAAAUCUGAAUUUAGUGACUGAAAACAUGUUUCUGAAAAUGCGAUUGGUUCAAUGUUAGUAAACUGUUUUUGAGUUUUAAAAAA